GCCUCAUCGAUGACAAUAGAACUCUUACACUGAACAAAAAGAAAGAAAAAAAAGAAAAACGAAUUAUUUUCCCCAAAUUUUUGUCAUUUCCUUUCCUUCUCCAAACUGAAGUUUCUACCUUCAAGAAAAACCAUGCUAGAACCACGAAAUGAAUCUGAAUCCGAACAGAGUAACAUAUUUGAUCCCUUCAAAUCUAUACAUGAUGAAAAGGGUUAUCAGAGUUUAGUCAAUUCCGGUGCCGGAGCAAGAAUUACGGCCGAUUGGAACAUAAAUAGUGACGGUGGAGUUCAAUUUAUGCCUCUGCGAAAUUCUUCAGAAGAUGAUGAAACAGGGGAAAUUCACUCACCACCACUUUGGCAGAGCAGCCCACCUCACCGGAGCAGCAGCCAAUACCAGAAUUACAACAAUUUCCGGUCUUUAUCUCCGGCAUCAAGAACACAAGCCAUAGUCAGAGGACAAAGGGAACUCAUGGAGAUGGUGAAAAACAUGCCGGAAUCGUCCUACGAGUUGUCCCUCAAAGAUCUGGUGGAGCAUCAUCAUCGCCAAUUAGUUCCCAGAAUUAUGGGAAGCCCAAAAGAAGAAUCUUGCUUGCUGGAUGAUCAUGAUGAUGAAGCUCGUGAGGAACAAGUUUUGAAGCAGAGACAGAGGUCAAUAAGAAGGCAAGAGAGCAAUAAUAAUGAGAAGAAAACGGCAAAAUUUCUGCGGAGUGGGAGCUUGGUGGAAAACAGGGGAUUGUUUCUGAAGAUGGUUUUUCCUGUUUCUUUCAAAUCAAGCAAGAAAAAGAAUUUGGUGACUCAAAAUAGUACUAUUUCUUCCAGAGUUUCUCCUAAACCAGAGAUUUCUUCAUCAGAUAAACCAUCAAAUUCCAGAAAUUGCAGUGUAGAUAAGGAAUGGUGGAAGAAAAGAUUUGCAGGAUCAAGCGGAAGUGAUAUUACAAACAGUAGUAAUAGUGGAAGCACCGGCAGUAGUGGUAGCAGCAGCAGCAUCCAUAGUCACAGCAGCAAUGGCAGGAAGAAGAUGGGAUUCUUGAGAAGCUGCUUUUCUUGCUUUUAUGGUACAAGAAGUCAAGCAGACUGAAAUGGGAAGUACCAUUUUGGUAUAGUAAAGGGACUUUCAAGUUCAAGUUAUUGUAGACUUGUAGUUUAUUCUAUAUAAAGUUAUUGUAGUUUAUAACAAAGAUAUAUUUUCACGGGUAAAUCUAGAGUUUAUUAUAUGUUUAUAUUCUCGAAAAUUUACAAAGAAAUCAUAAUAACAAUUUACUCUAUCUACUAAAAAAAUU